CCGGUUGCCGCCGACGCCUGGGCUGAGGGUGCCGUGCCCAGCCUGCGAGUGUGUCCGGCCCCAGGGCACGGAGAGGUUUCCAGCACCGACACGGACGCCGCUCCAUCCGAGGCUGACGGUGGCGAUGUGCCGCCGCCUUCCCCAACACCGUUGGAGCAGGAUGAGGUUCUCGACGCUCCCCAGCCCCCCGAGAGAGGAUCAGGCAGCCCCCCUGUGCCAGCCCUGCUGCCGGCCCCGCCCAGCCGCAACACGGCACGGCCCCGGCGCCUGCCUGGCGUCAAACACCCAGAGCCGCGGGUGUGGACGGAGGUCAGGGAUGCAGCGGAAGCUGACGGGCACGGAGUGCCACAGCCCCCCUCCCGCAGCGACCUGAUGAAGAUCUGGGCACGGAGAUCUCCGCGCACUGAGGUGAAGGCGUGCGACGGGCGCAGCACCGCCCCGCGGCCCGGCAGCUCCCGGUCCCUGGUGCUGGGCUCCUUGCUGGACACCGUCCGGCUGGCUCCUGGUGUCACCAUCAGGCACGGAGGCAGCGAGGAGCGCAGGCUGUGCCUCCCUGUGCGCAGAGAGGAUGUGGAGGAGGAGACGGGAGAGGCCAAGAAGGACCUGAGGCCCCUCCGCCCCACCGUGCCCUUCCCUGCCAUCGCAGUCAGUCAGGUCACUGGUGAUGGCACGCCUUGAAUACAGCAGAAUCCAACGUC